AUGUACUUGAAAUCAAGAAUGUUGUCCAGUUUGAGGAUCAUUAUAUACCAUUCGAAAAGCUUAAACUUUGGAUGGACAAAGCUGAACUUUGAAGGGUCGAGAAGACAAGGACAUGCCAAUAUUGGAGGAAUAUACAGGAACCACAAAGCUGAAUUUGCAGCCCUCAAAAGAGGGCUAAAGCUGGUUCUUGAAAACGGAUGGACUGAUCUAUGGCUCGAAGAAGACGCCAAGAGCUUAGUGAAUACCAUCGCCAAGAAAAUUGUGGAUUACGUCAACAUUGUUAUUCCUGGUCUUAGCAACCGCGUUUUAAGCCAUGUGUACAGAGAAGGGAGUCGAGCAGCUGAUAAGUUGUCUAAGUUAGGGCAUCAUUUUCAGGAUCCUGAAGUCUGGUGGCCACGGCCCUCAAAAGCUAAAAAAACAAAGACCGGAAGCUUCCCAUAA